GGAGGAGGUCAUUGGAAAGUGAGGAGGAAGAAACGGGCAGGUACUCGGUGAACGGAGCCGCUCGGUGUCGCUCGUCUCACAUGUCGCUGUAAUAAAAACACAUUCUUCAGCCGUGUGUCGUUAUUUAACCGCUGCUCAGAUGCUUCGUCUGGUCCUGCGGCUCAGGCCGUCCGCCCGGAUCUCCUGUCCCCGUGUCCUCCCGGCUGGGCCUGGCGCCGCCGGCCGGUCUGUUCCCGGAACCGUUUGUCUGAGACGGCUUCACCGCUCAGCCGCCUCCCGGGCCGCAUGUCUGGGCUCCGGGGCCGGCCACAGAGCGGCUCUGCUGCGGUGCCCACAGCUCGCUGGCGUCGGUCAGACUCAGCGGUUCUACAGCCUUCCUCCACACCAGAAGGUGGAGCUUCCCGCGCUGUCUCCGACCAUGCAGACGGGAACCAUCGCUCGCUGGGAGAAGAAGGAGGGAGAGAAAAUCAACGAGGGAGACCUGAUAGCUGAGGUGGAGACCGACAAGGCCACCGUGGGCUUCGAGAUGUUGGAGGAGUGUUACCUGGCCAAGAUCCUGGUUCCUGAGGGAACCAGAGACGUCACGGUGGGCGCCGUCAUCUGCAUCACCGUUGACAAUCCUGACCUGGUCACUGCCUUUAAGGACGUUACACUGGAUUCACUGAAAGCAGCUGGAGCUGCUGCUCCGUCUGCUGCUCCUGCGUCUCCUUCUUCACCUCCUCCACCUGCAGCUGCUCCUCCUGCGGCCCCUGGCAGCUCCUACCCUUCACACAUGAAGGUUGCCCUCCCCGCCCUCUCCCCCACUAUGACCAUGGGAACAGUGCAGCGUUGGGAGAAGAAAGUUGGAGAGAAGCUGAGUGAAGGAGAUCUUCUGGCUGAGAUUGAAACGGACAAAGCAACGAUCGGCUUUGAAGUACAGGAGGAAGGAUAUUUGGCCAAAAUUCUCGUGGCAGAAGGAACUCGAGACGUUCCUCUGGGAACGCCGCUCUGCAUCAUCGUAGAGAGAGAGGGUGACAUCAUCGCCUUCAAGGACUACGUAGAAACUGGUGUGGCUGAAGUUUCCACGCCUCCACCUGCACCAGCAGCAGCACCGCCUCCACCUCCUCCUCCUCCUCCUGCUGCUCCUCAUGCUGCUCCUGCAGCGACAAAGAAGGGCCGAGUGUUUGCCAGUCCCCUGGCCAAAAAACUGGCUUCUGAAAAAGGGAUUGACCUGACACAGGUCGCAGGAAGUGGUCCUGACGGACGGGUCACCAGGAAAGACAUCGACAGCUUCGUUCCACCAAAGCCUGCAGCAGCUGCACCUCCUGCUGCUCCUCCUGCUGCUGCUGCUCCUGCUCCUGCUCCCGUCACUGGAACCUUCACAGACAUCCCCAUCAGCAACAUCCGCAAGGUCAUCGCUCAGAGGCUGAUCCAGUCCAAACAGACCAUCCCCCACUAUUACCUGUCUGUAGACGUCAACAUGGACCAAGUGCUGGAGCUGAGGAAGGAGCUGAACGCUGAGGUGAAAGCUCAGAACAUCAAACUGAGCGUCAAUGAUUUCAUCAUCAAAGCCAGUGCUCUGUCCUGCCUCAAAGUCCCAGAAUGCAAUUCUUCCUGGAUGGACACAGUCAUUCGUCAGAACCACGUGGUGGACGUCAGUGUAGCGGUGAGUACGGCCAGCGGUCUGAUCACGCCCAUCGUGUUCAACGCCCACGUCAAAGGUCUGGCCUCCAUCAGCUCCGACGUGUCUGCUCUCGCCGCCAAAGCCAGAGAAGGGAAGCUGCAGCCACACGAGUUCCAGGGGGGGACGUUCACGAUCUCAAACUUGGGAAUGUUUGGGGUCAAGAACUUCUCGGCCAUCAUCAACCCGCCCCAGGCCUGUAUCCUGGCGGUGGGCGGCUCAGAGAAGCGGCUGCUGCCGGCUGACAACGAGAAAGGGUUCGACGUGGCCAGCGUGAUGUCAGUGACGCUGAGCUGCGACCACCGGGUGGUGGACGGCGCCGUCGGAGCGCAGUGGCUCGCCGAGUUCCGCAAGUUCUUGGAGAAACCCGUCACCAUGUUGUUGUAACCAGACAAACAGGAAGUUCGGCAGUGAUCAGAACCACGGUGGGUCCUCCUGUGAUUGGUCCAGCCUGACCACCAGGCCACGCCCAUUUACUCUGAAGAGGAAGAGACAG